AUGGACGAGAAGCACGUCGAGCCGGCGGCGCCGGCGCUGCAGCGCCGCCUGAAGAGCCGCCACCUGCAGAUGAUCGCGAUAGGCGGCACCAUUGGCACCGGCCUGUUCAUCAGCAGCGGCACGGCGCUGGCGCACGCCGGCCCUGCGGGCGCCCUGAUCGCCUACAUCUUCGUGGGCACCAUCGUGUACAGCGUGAUGACCUCGCUGGGCGAGGUGGCGACCUACAUCCCCAUCGCCGGCUCCUUCACCUCCUACUGCGCGCGGCUGGUCGAUCCCAGCCUGGGCUUCGCCAUGGGCUGGAUCUACUGGUUCAACUGGGCGUCGACCUUUGCCGUCGAGCUGACUGCCACGGGGCUGAUCGUCCAGUACUGGGACGACAAGCUGUCGAUCGCCAUCUUCAUCGCCAUCUUCUGGCUGCUCAUCACCCUGCUCAACUUCCUGCCCGUCAGCUUCUACGGCGAGCUCGAGUUCUGGUUCUCCAGCGUCAAGGUCGUCACCGUCCUCGGCUUUCUCAUCUUCGGCAUCUGCAUCGACGCCGGCGCCGGCCAGCAUGGCUAUCUCGGCUUUCACACCUGGAGCAACCCGGGCGCCUUUGCCCCGUAUCUGAUCUCCUCCUCGCCCGCCACCGCCAAGUUUGUCGGCUUCUGGGCCGUUCUCAUCCAAGCCGGGUUUUCCUACCAGGGGACCGAACUGGUUGGAGUGGCGGCCGGUGAAACGGCCAACCCCCAUCAAACCGUCCCUGCGGCCAUCCGCAAGACCUUCAUCCGCAUCCUGGUCUUCUUCGUGCUGACCAUCUUCUUCAUCGGCCUGCUGGUCCCCUACGACAACCCGGACCUGCUGACGGGCACCUCCAACGCCUCGAGCUCGCCCAUGGUGAUCGCCGCCCGACUGGCGGGCGUGCGCGUGCUGCCCAGCCUGAUCAACGCCGUGCUGCUGACCGUCGUGCUGUCGGCCGCCAACAGCAACGUCUACAGCGGCAGUCGGAUCCUCGUCGGGCUCGCCCACGAGGGUUUUGCCCCGGACUUCUUCCGCUGGACCUCCAAACAGGGCGUUCCCUACAUCAGCGUGGCCUUCACCGCGCUCUUCGGCCUGCUGGCGUUCAUGAACGUGUCCACCUCGGGCGGCACCGUCUUCAACUGGCUGGUCAACAUCUCGGGCGUCGCGGGCUUCAUCACCUGGGCCAGCAUCAACGGCUUCCAUCUCGCCUUCAUGCGUGCCCUGCGUGCCCGCGACAUCUCCCGCGACACCCUCCCCUACCGCGCCGUCUGGCAGCCCUGGCUGGCCUGGUACGGCCUCUUCUUCAACGUCCUCAUCAUCUUCACCCAGGGCUUCACCUGCUUCAUCCCCACCUUCAACGUCUCCGACUUUUGGGUCGCCUACAUCUGCCCGCUGCUCUUCGUCAUCCUCUAUCUCGGCCACAAACUCGUCUACCGCACCACCUUCAUCAGUCCCCUGCAGGCCGAUCUCGACAUGGGCAGGCCCGAGUACGUCGAUGGCUGGGAGACCACCGCGCCCACCACCUGGUAUGGCAAGCUGUGGAAGUGGUUCAAUGGGGAUUAA